UCGAGAGAGCGCAAAUGGUGUUGGGGAGCUGAGGGUCAUCGACUCAUUUCGAUGGACUGGAGCCAAUGAGCAGACACAGGGAAGCCAUGGCAUACUCGGCGGUGCAGGUGAUGCUGGAGCUGGGUCACCGGGCCGUCAUCCGCGACGAGCCCACCGCCGAGGGCUACACACACGACUGGGCCGUGUUCGUGCGCGGACCCGACCAGAACCCGGUGGAGGCCUUCAUCGACAAAGUCGUCUUCCAGCUGCACGAGAGCUUUCCCAAACCGAAGCGAGUGAAGCACGAGCCGCCUUACGAGGUGUGCGAGUCGGGCUACGCUGGAUUCCUGCUGCCGAUCACCGUGCAUUUCAAGAACAAGGAGAACGUCACAUUUAAUCACGACUUGGUGCUGCAAAACGACCAGCCCACGACCAAUGUGCGCAAGGAGAAACUCACCUUCCAGAACACGUCCGACGACUUCCGACGUCUGCUGAUCCGCGGCGGUGGGAUCAGCGUCAGUCACCAGGAGGCAUCGAAGCCGCGCAGCCCGCACGACCGACCCGCCUCGUACGGCGGCGGCAAGGGCCGGCCCCCGUCGGCCGUCGCCCCGCAGACGGGCCGGGAGGAGCGGCGCGCCAGGCCCGGCACGGCCCCGGCGGCCGGCGCCGCCGCCCCGCCGUCAGCCAAGCCCAAGCAUCAGGACAAAAAACCGUCAGAUAAGCGGUCUACCUCCGACAAAAAGCAGCCGCACCGGCCGCGUGACCCGUUCCUCAACCUGUUCGGACCGCCGAUUAAAAAGACCAACCACGUUUCGCCGCCGGAGGUGAAGAGGCCGCGGGCGGAGGCGGCCGUGUCCCGGCCAGCGGCGCCCCCGGCAGCAGCGCCGUCCGCCCGGCCUGCGGAGCCGCCGGCCAAGGAGCGCGCCGCACAUGGCAGCGAGCGGGGCCGCGACAAGGCCAGGGAUGCCGACCGCGACAGGGAUAGGAAGGAGAGCAAGAGCCGCGAGAAGAAGCACAGGGACAAACAUCGCGAAGAGAAGCACAAAGCCAAGGAGGCCAAAGAAAAGGAAAAACACCGCGCCAAGAGGGAGAAGGAGAAGAGACGAGAUGAGUCGAGGGAGUCCAAAGAGCGAGACAGGGAGAAGGCGGAGAGAGCGCUGGAGAAAGAAAAGGCACUGGAAAAGGAAAGGGCGAUGGAAAGAGAAAGGGCCCUGGAAAAGGAAAGGGCGCUGGAGAAGGAAAGGGCGCUGGAGAAGGAAAAGGCACUGGAGAAAGAGAGAGCUCUGGAGAGGGAAAGGGCUCUGGAACGAGACAGGGCCAUUGAAAAAGAAAAGGCUCUGGAGAGAGAAAGAGCCAUAGAAAAGGAAAGGGCUAUUGAACGAGAAAAGGCGCUUGAAAAGGAGAGAGAAAAGGAAGCAGCACGAGCUCAAAAGGAAAAGAUUGCUAGGGAAAAGGAGCAAGCGCAGAAAGAAGCAAAGCUCAAGGAGCGAAAGGCUCAGGAACUACGAGCGGCCAAAUUGAAAGAACGCAGUAAUGCUAAGAAAGCUGCGAAACGCUCGCGAUCCCCGUCGGAAGAACCGUCAAAGAAGAUAAGGCUAGAAAACUUCAAACUAGAACCUAAGAAAGAAAGGGACGAUAGCGUCAGGCACAAGGCUGCAGAGAAGACCAAGUUCUCCGGCGAUCUUGCUGGGAGGGGGAAGUCCGAUUCGUACAGUGGCAGGGGAAAGGGAUCGGAGGCUCACGUGGAGAAGGCUAAAGACAAGCAGAGUAAAGAGGAGAAGCGUCGGUCGAAAGCUUCUGUGAAGGACGCUACUGGUGGUGGUAAAAGCAAGGAUGAUAAAAAGCGCAGCAGCGGCGACAGCGACGAUAGGUCCGAGCGCAAACCGACGACACCCAUGCGGCCCACCGAGCCGACACCGGUCAAGAGUGAGGCUAGGUCACCGCCUGCGCCCGACGACAAGAGCCGCCACGGCGAGCCGGCCAAGCUCAAAUCGGCGAAGCGUCGCAAGCGGGAACACACUUCGCCGGCGACCAAGUCGCGCGAUGAGCCGCCGCGUCCGCGCGCUCCGCCGGUGGCGCCCCCUUCCCCGGUCGAAUCUACGGCGGCGGCGGCGGCGACGACGGCGGCGGCGACGGCGACGGCGGCAGCGACGGCGACGGCGGCAUCGACGGCGACGGCGACGGCGACGGCGACGGCGGCGGCUGCGGCGGCGAGCCCAGCGCACAGCGGAUCGUCGCCGUCUGGAAAGCCGCACCCUCUGCGCAAGCUGAUGGACGAGGUGCACGGGUGGGACUCGCCCAGCGACGAUUCGUCGAGCGAGAGCGAGCCGGAAGCACCGGCCAAGCGACCGGCCGGCCGCAGCCCGCGGCCCAGCGCGCGCCCGCAGCCUGUGCCGGUGGAGCCGGCGCCGCCGCCGCUGUUGCCGCCACCGGAGCCCGCCGCCGGAUCGCGCAAUGAUUUGAGCAUAUACACGGCCGAGUACCUGGCUGAAUUGCAGGAGCUACAGCGGCGCAUCAUGACCUCACAGGACCGCGACGAGCUCAGCCGCGUGUUCGACCUCAUCUGGGAGACGGGACAGGUGGAGGACAGCGCUAACUACUACGACUUCGACCUGUGUGCGCUGGACCAGGCGGUGGUGCGCAAGCUGCAGCAGUGUCUUCUCAUGGUGUAGCCUGCCGGCGUGGCGGGUCGCGGUCGCGUUUUCUGUGGCGUGGGACUGGCGCGCCAUCCGGCUCGCUGCCGUGUAGUGUGUGGCCGACUCGCUGCCGUGUAGUGUGUGGCCGACUCGCUACCGUGUAGUGUGUGGCCGACUUGCUACCGUGUAGUGUGUGGCCGACUCGCUGCCGUGUAGUGUGUGGCCGACUCGCUGCCGUGUAAUGUGUGGCCGACUCGCCGUCGCGGCCGCCGUCUCUGUGUUGUAUAGGCAUCCCGCCGUCUGUGAUUCCGUUUUGAUGUCAGAUUUUAUCCUGUGCACCACAAUCAGAGCCAUCAGGGUAUCGGUGCCGUAUGCCGCCGAACCGGUCACCUUCGAUGUUGUUAUGUGAUCAAUGGCAUGGCACGUGCGAUGAUGCGCCGCAGGGCCGGGAUUUUGCCGGACGAUGUGGUUGUCCUAGACGAUUGGUUUAAAUGUUGAAUUCGUAUGUCACUUUUGGCAUUCCCGAUACGCAUGCUUAUUUUCUGCGUAUUAUCUUUCGCCCCAGCUAUUUGUAACAUCAUUGUAUGUUGCCAGGGCACUUUCAGUGCAGCCGGUUCAGCCGAUUUUGCACUGUUGUUUCCGUGCAAGCGAGGCCAAACAAAUGGGCUGGCGAUGGACCGAAGGCUCACGUGGAUCAGUCACGUUGCUGCAGAUCACAGCAGAUUAUAUGUAUGCACAUCAGUUUGUUGCCGUGAGCUUCGCUUGGCAGGUUUAGUGGAAACAAUCUGUGAAGUUAGGUAUCGGCAGUGACUGUGUGAUCACCGUUUGUGCCCACCUCCGUUUGGCAUUCCCUGCUUUCCACACUCUCCUUUGCGACUGUCUUCUUUGU